AUGUCGUUCAUGCAAACUGGUCCUGCGUCCAUGCUUAAGGAUGGGUCAACCUUUGUCGAUGACCCCGUCAUUAAGAACAUCGACGCCUGCCGUGAACUUGCCAAGAUAACUCGCAGUUCUAUGGGACCCUACGGGCUGUGCAAGAUGGUUAUUAAUCACCUCAACAAACUAUUUGUAACCCACGACGCUGCUACCAUCCUCCGUGAGCUUGAAGUUGAGCAUCCCGCUGCGAAGUUGUUGGUUCAGGCUUCUAACGCCAUGCAGGAGGAAGUUGGUGAUGGGACAAACUUUGUUGUCUCUUUGGCUGGCGAGCUCCUUUCCCAGGCGGAGUCGCUUGUACGCAUGGGCCUCCAUCCAAGUGAAAUUGUGGAGGGGUACAAGAAGGCUGGAAACAAGAGUCUGGAGAUCCUUGAAACCCUGACGGUGGGAACGGUGGACGAUGUACUCCUCAAGGAGCAGGUGAUGGCACCAAUUCGCACGGCCAUCGCCUCAAAGCAGUACGGACACGACUCAUUCUUGGCGAACCUGGUGGUUGAAGCCUGCAUCAAUGCGUGCCCCACAAACACUCGGUCCUUCAAUGUUGACAACGUGCGCGUGGCGAAGCUAGACGGCGACUGUGUGUUGGGAUCCCGGAACGUGCGUGGAUUUGUGAUUGCACGAAACCCUGAGGGUGUUGUACGUCACCAGAAGAAGGCGAAAAUUGCCGUAUACGCUUGUGCAGUAGAUGUGCCAUCAACCGAAACGAAAGGGACAGCAUUGAUCGAAACAGCAGACGAGCUUCUCCAGUUCUCGAGAAAAGAGGAGGAGGCGAUGGAAGAGAUCAUCACCAACAUUCACAAGACAGGUGUCAACGUCAUCGUUUCAAACUCAACAUUUGGUGACCUCGCCCUUCACUACCUCAAUCGGUACGGCAUAAUGGCUGUGAAGGUCCCGUCCAAAUUCGAGCUCCGUCGGCUCUGUGCGGCAGUGGGAGCGCGGACUCUUUCUCGCCUGGACACCCCAACAGUGGAGGAUAUUGGAUCGUGUGAUAACGUGGACGUGACGGAUGCCGGUGGCAAGAACAUCAUAUCGUUUGUCCAAGACAAAGACGAUUCCAAGUUGUCCACUAUUGUCGUCCGUGGAGCAACGAAAAACGUUCUUGACGAUGUUGAACGGGCCAUUGACGACGGCGUCAACGUUUUCAAGGCCCUUACCAAGGACAAGCGCCUCGUAGCCGGUGCGGGGGCCGUCGAGAUGGAACUCCAAAGAAAGCUGAAGUUGUUCGCCGAGACAAGCCCUGGUCUUGACCAGUACGCUAUUCACAAAUUUGCUUCCAGUUUCGAGGUAGUGGCCCGUACACUAGCAGAAGUUAGUGGUUUUAAUGGAACAGAUGUUGUAACUCAGCUCGAGAUUGACCACAACGCCGGCAAGGUGCACAAUGGGGUUGGUGUAGAGGAUGGCACAACAAUCGACUCCUUGGAGGCUGGUAUUGUUGAGCCGUAUCUAACAAAAUACUGGGCAAUUAAUCUGGCAACGGAAGCUGUUGUGACGGUGCUUCAAGUGAACCAAAUUAUCGUUGCCAAGCAAGCUGGCGGUCCGAAAAAUCGUCCGGAUCAGGCAAGAGAUGAUGAUUAA